AUGGAUGUGGGAGCAUUAACUCCAUUCCUGUGGGCUUUUGAGGAGCGGGAGAAAUUGUUGGAAUUCUAUGAAAGAGUCUCGGGAGCCAGGAUGCAUGCCAGUUUCAUACGACCAGGUGGAGUGGCACAAGAUCUGCCUCUUGGCUUAUGUCGAGAUAUUGAUUCCUUCACACAACAAUUUGCUUCUCGAUACACCAGUGCCUAUCAGGACCAAGGCCUACCUACUGGUAGGAAUGGUAACCCGAUGGAUCUUAAUGCUUGGCCCUCCCUAUCAUACGAGGAAAUCGAUAAUUCUGGGCAAGCUAAGGCAGCUACGCUAAUCAAGUGGAGCAUAAAGACGAAGGUUCCCGCGGUUCAGAAUGAGCUUCUGCGCCGGAAGCCCCCGAAUCUUACUCAGUGGGCCCCCUGCCAGGCUUGGUUAAAAGCGUACCGUCAAGCAAGAAAAGGAACCGAUCGUCUAAUGAAGUCAGGUACGAGUACGAGGGAAUAUGUUAAUGCAAAAGAGGCGAAGAGGCUGGUGACCAGAGAAGAAUCAGUUGUUACAGAAGGAGCAGUUUUCGUUUCGCAAUGGAAUCAGAAUUAG